GAGACACAUCGGCUCCAGACGGCCCGCGCCUGAGUGAAUGGAGCUAGAGAAUGGCAGAAGAAUAACGAUUCCUGUCUCUUCUCAUGUUCCUGUAGUUCUGUGCUAUUUCCAUACCGAUAAGCGUGACGCGAGCUGACGCUUUCCUAUUUCUUUUUCUUCUCUUUUUUUCUUUUUUCUUUUUUGCAAUAUUUACCUUGAAUGAGAAGAUGAAGGCUACCAUUCUGCCUCGGGCCCGGAGGGACUCGUGCAGCUGCGCUGAACUCUCGGCCGAGCCGGAUCUGUGCUGCCUGCAGCACGACAUGAACGACUGCUACAGCCGGCUGAAGCGCCUGGUGCCCACCAUCCCGCAGCACCGGCGCGUGAGCCGCGUGGAGAUCCUGCAGCACGUCAUCGACUACAUCCUGGACCUGCAGCUGGCGCUCGAGCGCAGCGAGCACAGCGAACACAGCGGGACGUGGCUGCGGAGCUCCAUCCGCACCCCGCUCUCCGUCCUCAACACAGAGCAGAGGACACCAGUUGUCAAUAAGCAGGAGGACACGAUUUUGUGCCGCUAAACUGCAGCAUAUCGCAGUGGGGCAGAUAAAAGAGCCAUCGCAUACAUGGACAAGCCAGACCUGAUGAAUACAGAAGCAGAGCAGGAGAAGAGGGGAGGAGAGGAGGAGCGAGGGACAGAGAGGGGAAGGUGGAGAUUAGAGGGGUGAAAAGAGAGAAGGAGCUCUCUGGGACAGAGGAGAUAAGAGAGAAAAGGUGAACAGGAGCACUUGUCACUGCAGAUGCUAGUCUCGAUUUGCUUGAGAGGGAAGGAGCACUGCAGAGAGAUGGAGGGGGAGAGAGAGAGAAAGAGAGAGAAGGUGGUAUGGAAUGACCUAGAACACCACGCUCCACCUGAUUACAGACAAGACUAUGUCUAUCCGCAGAGCUUUGCAUUGUGUGGUGGAACUGCAAUGGGGGAAUUUCUGCCUGAAUUGGAUAUGAGGAACUAUGGAGUUUAUAGAGUUCAAGAUGCCAUGAGUUCCUGCCAUUUCUAUUUAAUCUACAUUUCUACAUUUACACCUUUGUGUAUCCAUGUGUGUGUUUGUGUGUGUGCAGAUUUCAUAUCAGUUGAGUCCCGCUUUUAGUUUGACAAGUUGUCAUUAUAGCAUGGAGUGACAGUCAUGCCCUUUUGAUAGGAGAAGCAGUGGAAAGGUCUUCCGUUAGAGGUUGAUGUGUGUCAAUCACUUAUAGGAGAAUGCUGUCAGAGCAUUUGGACCACACACACACACACAAACACACACACAUACACACACACACACAUACAAAAACACACACACAGAUAAUGCUCCAAAUAUCAGGUGAGAGGACAGAGUGCUGGCAGAAAGGAGAUUGCUUGACCUUAUUGUUUGCUUUCAUCUCGUCUUUGUUCUUCACAAAUAAAGGUUUUUUAAUAAACUGAAAAGGUCCUGCGCUACAGCCCAGGGAGCUGGAGAAAGGAGGCAGUGAGGUAUGGCACAAUGUGGCAGUGCAGAAAGGAGCAGCUCAUCAGAAAAUAACAAAGGUGCAAGUUAAAGAUAAGGCGGCUGUCCAAGAUUAAUCCUGACGCCUUGAUUGUUUUCUUUAAUACCAGUCUUGCCACAGCAAGCGAUAAGUUUGCUGAGUAAUUUAAGCUUUUUUUUGGAAGGAGCGAAGGGAUGGUGCAGGGAAUAAUAUUCAGGUGUGCCUGGUAAUUGAUUUUCUCUUUUUUUUUUUCGCUCUCUUGCUCAUG